AUGUUUGAAUCUGGAAGUAUAUUUAAAAUAGUUAACAUUUUAACAGCAAUAAUUAUGAUUUUAGGUGGCAUAUCACAAUUUUUUCCACUUGGAUUUAAAAAUAUUAUAAUUGGAAUAUACGUAAUAAUGUUUGGCAUAUUUACAGCUAUUUUGGAAUUCUUUAUUCCUCCAGAAACUGCCAAAUAUUGUUCUUUUUUUUUCUCAUUUUUAGGACGAGGAAUAUUUUAUAUUUUCGUUGGUAGUCUUCUCUUAGAUAAUUCAGCUCUUCGAAUACUUUCAGGGGCUAUUAUAAUAAUUAUUGGAAUAAUAUAUUUUAUUUUAGAAUUUGCGUCCAAUGUUGUACCUCCAGAUAAUAUGAGAGAACCUACAGUGGAAGAUAGAGGACAUAUUUAA